AUGGUCGAUACCCGUACGGAUCCUCAUCAGUCCGAUUGCUCACCCACCACUCUUGGGUGGGAAAAUGGCCCUCAAGAAAACUCGUCUGAUUUUACAGAGGCCAUACAAACCCUUAUGAGUGAUACUCUAGAAGCUUAUCUAAUCCCCAAUCAAAGUCAAAUUGCCAUGCCAGAUCCAAGAAUUCGUAGUGCUCUUGUGCUAUUUUCACGAGCAUUGGAAAACCUUUCGGAAGCUGGGAUGGAAAGUCUUAAUCCGUUUUUGGAAAAACUUGAGAAAGGGAAGGAGACUGUAACGGUACUGGAAACACGACGACUAGGUCGCAGGUUGGGUCGAACUCGAUGGAGGUCUCGUGGAAAUCUAGAGUUGAUAUUGAGCCUUUUAGGACGGUUUAUGAUCGCGGGCUCGCUACCCGGUCGUGACAGAAUAUCAACUCUAACGGGUCACCCGUUCGAAUUCGCGGCUCUCACUCUAUGUGAGGUGCUGGCUGCAGGUAUAAUCUUUGCCUAUGCUUCGGCGCAACAAGAAUGUCCUAACAGUACACAUGCCAAUAGAUUGGGGUACCGGGUGGAACAAGUGUUGUCUCAAAGGUGGAAUGAGAUGUGUGGAGACGAACCAAUCGAGAUCGAGAACCCGUUUCUGGACAAAGACUCAUUGGUAAAGCAGUCCUUCACCUGGGGUGAGAGUGACAUUCUGUACUUGGCUCUCACUAGAUUGCACAAAUUGACUACAUAUACCACACAGUGCCUAGGAUCAAGUCCUCCAAACAAAGUUAAUCAAUAUGGGCCUAUAACUCUCUUGGAAGCAUUGAACAAAUAUGGUGGAGUAGCAAUGCUGGAUACAAAAUUGCUAGAAGACCUUGAGAAUUUCUUGACCAGGGAUAUUGUGGACAAUGACCCUUCAGGCAACUUGGCAUCAGACAGUGCAAACACAGUGAAUUUUGAGCCAGACUUGCCAACCUUGGACAAACCCAUUGUGGACAUGACUGGCCUUUCAGCUGCUGCCAAGAAGAAGGUUAUUAGACACAAUGUCCUCAAUAGGGGAAGAACUCUGACUGAGAUUGAAAAGACACUCCUUGCUUUUCAGUUUACAAAAGAUGGGGAAACAGGAGACCGCGCAGUGACCAAUCUCUUGCCAAGACGGAGAUGUAAAAAAGGGGAGUGGUGUCGAAGGAUUGGUACCAGGCGUGGUACGGAACGGAAGUUGAUAUUGAGCUUUUUAGGACGAUUUAUGAUCGCGGGCUCGCUACCCGGUCAUGACAGUUGA